GUGUGGCCAUCGCGGUAUCGGGACAACGUCCGCCGCCGCUCGUCCACCACUUGUUGACGUUCUGUAUUCUUUUUUUUUUUUGUUUUUAACAAAAUUAUCAUUAAAAAAUAAUAUUGUAUUUAUAUUAUAAAAAAAACAAGUCACCGUUUAAGUAACAAAUGGUUUGUUAAUUAAUACUAUUUUUAUAAUUUCUUAUUGCCAAUCGUGUGUUCAUCAUCGUUGGGCCUAUCACUAGUUGUUGGACACUGUGUUUUGCUGACUUGAUAGUAUAAUAUAUAUAAAAUAUAUAUAUAUAUAUAUAUAUGCAAAACCGAUGAGUACCAUGGAGUCGUCUGCGAGGGACAAUUCCACUGGGUUCUGGAACGCGCACGUGGACAGCUGGUCCCAAGAACAGAUGAAGUAUUCGGUGGCGUUCACCGUGGCCAUGUGCUUUGCGUACACCGUGGUGUUUGUGCUGGGUUUCGCGGGCAACAUGUCCGUGGUGCUGGUGGUCUACAAGAACGUCAGGAUGCGGUCGUCGCCCACCAACAUAUUCAUCGUCAACCUGGCAGUGGCAGAUCUGCUGGUCAACGUCUUGUGUGUUCCUUUGACGCUCAUCAGCAGCAUCACUAGGGAAUGGAAGUUGGGCCUAGUCGUGUGCAAACUUGUGCCGUACUUACAAGGAGUGUCCGUUUAUGCAUCCAUCAACUUUUUGGUAGCAAUAUCAGUGGAACGGUGCCUGUCCGUGUGUUUCCUGGUGACACCGGUGGGCAAAGGUAUUUGCUUGCGAGCGGUCUACGUCAUAUGGAUCGCAUCUUUCACAAUUACAAUACCUUGGGCUGUGUUUUUCGACUUGCAACCCAUGGAAGAAGGCAGCGAUCGACUAAUAUGCGUCGAGUCGUGGCCGACCAUGGAGAGCGGCAACUGGUAUUUCGUGAUCGCCAACCUGCUGUUGUGUUACCUGGUGCCGCUGUCGGUGAUCGCCGUGUGCUACAUGUUCAUCUGGCAAAAAGUCAGCCGUCGCAAAGUGCCCGGCGAACCCAUCCCCAACGGCGCGCACCUGCUGCAGAGAUCUAAGCUCAGAGUGAUCACGAUGAUCUUGUACGUGGUCGUGUUCUUCGCGGUCACUUGGCUCCCGCUGUACGUCGCCUUUACCUGUAUCAAGUUCAUCGACAUGUCGCCGGCAGUGGAACAGUUCAUCAUAUCGGCCGUGCCCAUAGCCCAGUGGCUGGGCGCGUCCAACUCGUCGGUCAAUCCUUUGCUGUACGCCAUAUUCAACCACAGGUUCAGGGACGGCUACAAGGCGCUGUUGUCCGGCAAAAUCUGCCAGGCGUUCGACUACAGCAACUCCAUGAAGUAUUUCAACAAGAAGGCCGGCACCGUGGUGAAACGCAAGAAGAAACCCGCCAAGACGGACCGGAAGAAGCCCGCGCUCAGACGUACCAUAGGCGCCAUCUACGUCGAACAGUCCGCCGCCGCCGGUCUGGGUAACGCCAUCGCCGACCGGACGGCCGCGGUCAAGCCCAGGUCGUUGUCCAUGAAAGAGUUUCGCAUGAACGACGAGUUUGCCGAAUCCAUGCUUCAGUAUUAUUCGAAAAAGUAUGCAAAGUCGUUUGUCUGAUUACACCCUCAUUGAAAAUACACACUAUAUGUGUUCAAACGAAAACUGUUACAAAUCGACGCCCUACAUACCUACAUGUCGUCCUCGAGUACAAAGGGGAACGUUAAAAAAAAAAAAACAUAAAUAUGGUCCAAAAUGGCCGACUUACGGUUAAAAACAUGUUUUUUAAAAAAUGGAAACCGUGUAUUUUUUGUUAACCAAACAAAUGUGCUCAUCGAAACUAUUUAAACGGCGAAACCCAUAAUUUGUAAAUUAAGUCUCUUUAGCUAUUUUUUAGUUUUGUCAUUUUAUUUUGAUGCAUACGGUAUGUGUGUUAACCUUGGUUUGUGUGGUAAUCAUGGUAUGUAUGGUAACCGUGGUUUUUGUCUUUGUGAUGCACAGAAAAGAGGAACCUAGCCUCCUGAACGUUAACGAUAAAAAAUAAUGAUAAUGUAAUGGUAAGGUUAGGUUAGGUUAGGAAAUGAUAAACGUACCACAGUUACCUUACAUACCAAGGUUACCACACAUGACACGGUUACCAUAUGCAUCAAAAUAAAAUAACAAAAAAAAAUAGCUAUAGAGACUUAAUUUACAAAUUAUGGGUUUUACCGAAAAAUUUUUCCUACAAAAGUUGUUAGAUUUGAUAAGAACAUUUGUUUGGUUAACAAAAAAUACAUGUUUUCUUUUAAAACAACAAGAUUUUGACCGUAAGUCCGCCAUUUUGAAUUUUGGACCAUGUAUUUUUUUUUAACGUCCCCCUUUGUACUCUUAAAGUCUCUAAUAACAACUUUUUGAUAUAAUUUGUAUUUUUGGAGAAAAAUCGAUUUGUAUUAUAAAAUGGGACACUCUGUAUAUUACACCCUUGUAACAGUAUCUAUUCGAUAACUCUGUAAAAAAAAAAAAAAACAA